AUGCCCAUCGAGUUCGUCUGCAAGAUCAAGUUUUCCGAGGAGGACGAGACCAAGACGGCCGCCCGUCCGGAGGGAGGUGGGUCCGGCAUCCUGGAGGACGGCUGCGCCCGGGCUGGGGGCGUGGCCAACCUGGCGGCCUUCGCCGGCUCCUCGUCCCUGCACGGGCUGGACCAUGUGUUCGGGCCGGGGCGUGGCGGAGGGGCGCGGCAAAGCCUGUGGGCGUUGGCCUUGCUGGCCUCGCUGGCGCUCUUCCUGUACCAGGCGGCCAAGAGCGCGGCGGCUUACCUGGAGCACCCCCAUGUGGCGGCGUUGGGCGAGGAGGCCAGUCGCGAGAUGGUGUUUCCCGCCGUCACCGUCUGCAACAUCAACCGCUUCCGUUUCUCCGCCCUCACCGACGCCGACAUCUACCACCUGGCCAACCUCACCGGACUGCCGCCCAAGAACCGAGCUGGACACCGGCCUGGCGACCUGGAGUACCCUCCCCCCGACAUGCAGGAUAUCUUCAACCGCACCGGUCACCAGCUGGAACACAUGCUGAAGAGCUGCAACUUCAGUGGACAGAACUGCUCCGCCCAAGACUUCAGUGUGGUAUACACCCGGUACGGGAAAUGCUAUACCUUCAACGGGAACAAGACAGCGGCCCGGCGGACGAAGCAGCGCGGAAUGGGAAACGGUCUGGAGAUGAUGUUGGACAUUCAACAAGAUGAAUAUCUACCCAUCUGGAGAGAGACCAACGAGACAACUUUGGAGGCAGGGAUCCGCGUUCAGAUCCACAGCCAGGACGAACCCCCUUACAUCCACCAGCUGGGCUUCGGUGUCUCUCCGGGAUUCCAGACAUUUGUUUCCUGUCAGGAACAGAGACUGACGUACCUGCCCCAGCCGUGGGGGAACUGCAGGGCCACGCAGGAGCAGGUGAUCCCUGGAUACGACACCUACAGCAUCAGCGCCUGUCGACUGCGCUGUGAGAGCACGAUGGUGCAGAAGGAGUGUAACUGCAGGAUGGUCCACAUGCCAGGACAUGCCGAUAUUUGCACACCCAGUAAAACCAAAUGCGUCGACAAAGCGCUGGCUCUGCUCCAGAAAGGCACGGAGGACCUGUGUCCGUGUGAGAUGCCGUGCAAUCUCACCCGCUACGGAAAAGAGCUGUCCAUGGUCAAAAUCCCGAGUCGAGGGUCGGCACGCUACCUCUCCCGCAAAUACCACAAGACAGAGGAGUACAUCAGAGACAACUUUUUGGUCUUGGACAUUUUCUUUGAAGCUCUCAGCUACGAGACCAUAGAGCAAAAGAAAGUCUACGACGUCGCCGGUUUGCUAGGUGACAUCGGUGGGCAAAUGGGAUUGUUCAUAGGUGCCAGCAUCCUGACAAUACUGGAAAUACUCGACUACAUUUAUGAGGUGGGUAAACACCACAUAAGACGACUGUUCAGGCCGCAGAAGAAUCAGAACCGAGCCCAGAUUCAGGACCAGGUCCAGAGAAAACAGAACAUGAGAGAGCAGAAUCUUAGAAGCCAACUAGCAUCCAGCACCAUAGCAACAGUGAGGCUAGAGGAAUUCAAAUCAAAGGAAUCCAAUGAUUUGACCGUGGCACAUCCACAUGGAGUGUAUCCAACGUCAAUAUUACCUAAUCAUCACCAACACCACCACACCCAACCAUCUUUGCAGGAUGACUUUGCCUGCUAG